AUGGACCAGGAGGUGAUUCUCAGCGUCAAUGCGGACUGGAAUACGUGGUAUUUGUAUAUCUACCUGAAGGCUGAAGCAGAAGGCAUCUGGGAGUACAUCGACCCAGAUGGACAUCAAACUCUUGAGCCUGUUGGAGAGCGUCCAGACCCCCCUGCUAUUCCAGACAAAACACUGGAAGGGGACGCAUUUGAAAAAGCCUACGACACCUUCAGGAUGAGGAAGGACAUCUAUAUGUUCCUUAGCAACCACUGGAUGGACAAGCAUGAAGACUUCGAGGAAAAGAAUACAAAGCUGGCGGCGAUCAACGAGCUGAUCUACAAGACGGCUUUCCGGCAUAGAUCCCUGUUCAAUGAGACUGGAGAAGAGAAACGCGAGGAGGCCAGGCCGACGGUUGCAGUAGACGGACAGGUCCUUGUGCCACCGCCGCGGGUAGGCUCUGCACGGGCAAGGCUAAUAGCCCUGAGACAACGGCUCGAGCCAUCAAGCUGGGAAACAAGAGCACGAGCUCGAGCACUGUAUUUUCAAUCCCUUAGUUGA